CUUACACAGGCACAAACUGUGUAGCAAGACCUCUGCUCUCCUUUCUGCAGGUUUACUGGCUUCCAGAGUCUCACUGGAGUGAAGAGGGAAACUCCAAGAGCUUGAUUCCCACCUAAAGUGAAUUUUCCACUCCACAAGAAUUGAGGUUGUUGGCUGGAUUUCCCUUCUGGUGUGUUGUAAGUUGUUUUCAUCAUUGAAAUAGAAACAGAAAAAAAUGUCAGAGCAUAGCAGGAAUUCAGAUCGAGAAUUCCUUGAUGAGGAGCUUGAUGAAGAUGAGAUUUUGGCCAACUUGUCUCCUGAAGAGCUGAAGGAACUGCAGUCGGAAAUGGAAGUCAUGGCCCCUGACCCUCACCUCCCUGUGGGCAUGAUCCAGAAAGAUCAGACGGACAAACCACCAACAGGAAACUUUGACCAUAAAUCUCGUGUUGAUUAUAUGUAUUGGCAGAAGGCAUCCAGACGCAUGCUGGAAGACGAACGAGUUCCUGUCACCUUUGUACAGUCUGAGGAAAACACUCAAGAACAUCAUGACGAAAGAGACAGAAGUAAUAAAAAUGUGUCCCAAUUUUUAAGAGAAAAGCUCAAUAAUGAAAUAGCUGCAAUUAAAAAGGAACCAAACAGCAGCAAUGACAGUGAGGGUGAGGAAGACGAAGAUGAUGCAAGCGAUGGCUAUGAAGAUGAUGAAGAAGAUGAUGGGGAAGAGAGUGAUGAAAAGACAAAAAGAGAAGAGGAAAUGAAAGCAAAGGAACAAAUCAGAAAUUGUGAGAGAAACUGCCAGCGGGCAACCUCUAAAGCCUUCAAGAAACAGGCAGACCAACAAGAGGCCCAAGAAAAAAGUGAGAAAAAAAUAUCAAAAUUAGAUCCUAAGAAGUUAGCUCUAGAUACCAGCUUUCUGAAAGUAACUGCAAGGCCUUCAGGGAACCAAACAGAUCUGGAUGGGAGCUUGAGGAGAGUGAGACAAAACGACCCUGACAUGAAGGAACUCAACCUGAACAACAUUGAAAACAUCCCCAAAGAGAUGUUACUGGACUUUGUCAAUGCCAUGAAGAAGAACAAACAUAUCAAAACUUUCAGUUUGGCAAAUGUGGGUGCCGAUGAGAGUAUAGCAUUCGCCUUGGCCAACAUGCUACGUGAGAACAGGAGCAUCACCACACUCAACAUUGAGUCCAACUUCAUCACAGGCAAAGGCAUCGUGGCCAUCAUGAGGUGUCUCCAGUUUAAUGAAACGCUCAUUGAACUUCGAUUCCACAAUCAGAGGCACAUGCUCGGCCACCAGGCUGAAAUGGAGAUAUCCAGGCUUUUGAAGGCCAACAAUACUCUCCUAAAGAUGGGCUAUCAUUUUGAGCUUCCAGGUCCUAGAAUGGUGGUAACUAAUCUGCUCACCAGGAAUCAGGAUAAACAAAGGCAGAAAAGACAAGAAGAACAGAAACAACAGCAACUGAAAGAGCAGAGAAAGUUAAUAGCCAUGUUGGAGAAUGGUUUGGGGCUGCCCCCAGGGAUGUGGGAGAAGUUGGGAGGACCCAUGCCCAAUUCCAGAAUGCAGGAGUUCCUCCAGCCGCCUCCUCAGCCUCCCAAUACCCAACCAGUUCUCUUUGGCCGAAGAAAUGAGGUGAUGAAAAAGCCAUCACAGCCUCCCCAGUACAAGACAGAACCUGACUCCUUCCGAGUGGUGAAGCUGAAGAGGAUCCAGCGCAAAUCUCGCAUGCCGGAAGCCAGAGAACCACCAGAGAAAACCAACCUCAAAGAUGUGAUCAAAACACUGAAGCCAGUGCCAAGGAAUAGGCCACCCCCAUUGGUGGAAAUCACUCCCAGAGAUCAGCUCUUGAAUGACAUUCGUCACAGCAACAUUGCCUAUCUUAAACCUGUGCAGUUGCCAAAAGAACUGGAAUAAGAGGUGGCAGAAUCAUCUGGAAGAACAAGAAGUUGAAACAAUGACUCGUAGGUUAAGCAUGGAGAGGAUUUCGGCAGCGGCCCUUCUGCAUACAGGAGGCAGAACUGGGAACAAGCUAACAUCUGAGAGGGGUAAAAAGCACAAUGUUUGGGCCACAACAAAAUAUGAGCAGAGGAAGGCAGGAGGAGACAAAAAUAGUAAUAGUCACAGGCAAGAUUUUCUACUUGCAAUCAGUUUGAGUGACUUAGGUGAAAUUUGGAGUCAUGUUUCCAGAAGCAGAAGCUAAAAAAUGUUCUUGUAAACAUUCGCUUUACUAUUGCUUUUUUCUGGUGAAUAAUAAAUAAGACAGAAGUGUUAACCAUUUAUCAUAUUCCCAGUUUUACCUCUUCCAUCUCCUCUGCUGUAAUUCACUGCACAGUAUCUUAAAGGGAAUGGGUCAUGUUUCAACCUAUGGAAAUGUGAAGAAUGAAUCAAACUCCCGGUCCUUCUGCAGCUCUGAAAUGAAAGGAUUGCUUAUUAGCUUAUCUCUGGAGAAUCCCCAGAGCUUUCAUUUCCAACCCUGCCUAGCUUUCUCCCUCCUGACUCUCCUUAAGUUUUGGUGUGUUCUUCUGCUAGGAGUAUCUGUGAGGAACAGAGCACUAAAGUCACAGGAUGUGAAGAAAAAAAGUGCCAGCAGAAAAACUGUGAACAAAGUAAACUCCGUAUAUAGGAAGUAUGACCCCAAAAAUGUAAGAAGUGUUUAAAUUAAAAAAAAAUUUUUUAAAGUGCCUGGCAUGGAGCACAUACCUUUAAUUCCAGCACUGGGGAGGCUGAAGCAGGAGGAUUGCUGUGAGUCCUUACCAGCCUGGGCUCCAUAGUGAGUUCAAGGUCAUCCUGAACCACACAGUAAGACCCUGUCUCAAAAAAACAAAACAAAAAAAUUUUUUUUAAUAAAAUGAAAAAAACUUUUAAAUGCCAUUAUCUCCUCUCCACUACUCCCCUUUGCUUUCAACAUAUGUGCCCAGUGUUUUUUGCCACUUUCUGAAGUCCUUUUUUGUGAGUGUCUGUCCUGAAUUGACUCAAAACAUUUAUGGCAAUUUCUGUCAAAUAAAAACAAUAUGGAAUGUCCUUGUCCACCUUACUCACUGAAUGUGGUACCAUGUGACUCCUGGCUCUUCACUGAAGUCAAAAUGACCAUGCAAGGUAAAGGUUUUGAAUGGAUUAGGACAUCAAGGCAGCCAUGACACUCUCGAAAGAAGAUUUUUAAAAACUGCUUCAGAAAGCAGCAAGAACCAUGGUAUGUGUGUUCAAAGCAAGGGGGAAGAUUUUGAGGGGGAUUAAUGACAAUAAAUUGAAACAAUUUAAUCAUGCAUUUUAUUGUUUGAUCAUACCUUAUGUAAACGUUUCCUGCCAGUGUUUCCCAUAUAUAAUGACAACAGGAGCUAUUGCUGUUUUGUAGAAAUAAAUUAGAAGAAUAGAUAAUACAGCUACCAACAAGCUUUUGAUAGUCGAGGAGUCUAAUUUGAUCUUUGUUGUGUUCCUCAAAAACCUUCUAAAGGAAGCUUGCUUACAGGAUUAAACUCCUUAUCCAUCCUUUAGGACACUCCAUUGCCUGGCACCAAUGUACUUACUCAUCCAGUCUUACCCACCACUUAUCCUUUAAAUUCCUCUUGAUAAACCAGCCUUCUACACACCCAGUGCCUCUCCUCUCUCUGCCCUGCUACAGACCCACCCACCCAGGUAUUUCCCUCGUGUCCUCUGUGUGUGAAAGCCCAUUCCAUCUUCAAAGCCAGGUCCUACCCCAUGUCCUCCAAAAAAAAAAAAAAAAUA